AUGUCCUCCCGAAGUCUGAGCACGUAUAAUGGCUUCACGCCUGCCGUGGAGGAAGAAAUACGGGACCUUGCGAAAAACAUCCAACUGCAAUGCCUGGGUCUGACGUCUGAAAACAACUUGUACCGGUUCAUGAGCCACGAGUCCCAGGUUCAUGGCGAGAAUCCAGUCACAUCCACCGAUGAGCGUCUUGAUCCCAAUUCUGAAAAGUUUGAUCUGCGUUUCUGGGUGAAAAACCUCAGGAAGUUGGUGGAUCUGGACGAAGACUACUUCAAGCCAGCCCUGCUUGGGGUCGCCUACAAGAACAUGAGCGUUUUUGGCCAUUCUACAGAUUCCGACUACCAGGCUACAUUCGCCAAUGUGGUGUGGAAAGCCGCGGUGCAUUGGAUCAAGGGCCACAACAAGGCCUACAGAGACGCCAUUCGGUUCGAUAUCUUGAAACCCAUGGACGGCUUGAUCAGUCCUGGCGAAUUGACCGUCGUCUUGGGCCGUCCAGGAGCAGGAUGUUCCACUUUUCUCAAAACUUUGGCCACACAAACCCACGGAGUGACUGUGGACGAAAACUCCACCAUUCUGUACGACGGCUAUUCCCAGCACGAUGUGUCCCACCACUUUAGAGGCGACGUUGUGUACUGUGCUGAGGUGGAGAGCCAUUUUCCUCACAUGUUGGUGGGCGAUACGCUCCAGUUUGCAGCCAAGCUUCGAACCCCGAAAAAUAGGCCAAUGGGUAUUUCCAGAGAAGAAUACUCGAGACACAUGGCUGAGGUUGCCAUGGCCACUUAUGGUCUCUCGCAUACGAAAAAUACAAAAGUGGGCAACGACUUUGUUAGAGGUGUUUCUGGUGGUGAGCGUAAGAGAGUCUCUAUUGCAGAGGUGUAUCUUUCCCAGGCUAGCUUGCAGUGCUGGGAUAACUCCACCAGAGGUUUAGAUUCGGCUACAGCUAUGGAGUUUAUUCGUGCUUUGAAAGCGUCGGCCACUAUUUGCAACGCUACCCCAUUGGUGGCUAUCUACCAGUGUUCUCAGGAUACCUACGACAUGUUCGACAAGGUGGUUUUGCUUUACGAAGGGUACCAGAUUUUCUUUGGCAGCACUGCCAGUGCAAAAGAGUAUUUUGUGAACAUGGGCUGGCAUUGUCCACAGAGACAGACCACCGCUGACUUCCUCACGUCUUUGACCAACCCGAGCCAAAGAGAGCCACAAUACGGUUUUGAAGAUAAAGUUCCCAGAACGCCCAAGGAAUUCUACGAAAUAUGGCAGAAAUCGCCCGAAAGAGCUGCCCUUCUCGGAGAAAUCGACGAGUACCUCGCCUCAGAAGAAAUCAAUGCUAGAGCUCACAGAUUCAAGGAACACCAUCUUGCAACGCAAACAUCCAGAACAAGAGCCAAGUCGUCGUACACCGUUUCCUUCGACAUGCAAGUCAAGUACAUCAUGCAGAGAAACUGGCUUCGUUUGAAGGGAGACCCCUCAGUCACAGUGUCCAAUGUGGUGUGCAACAUCAUUGUGUCUGUGCUUAUCGCCACGAUCUUCAACCAUCUUAAAUUCGACACGGAGUCGUUCUACUCACGUACGGCUGUUUUGUUUUUUGCCGUUUUGUUCAACGCUUUCUGCUCCCUUCUUGAGGUCUUUUCCUUGUAUGAGGCCAGACCAGUGGUGGAAAAGCAUAAGAAGUUUGCAUUGUACCGCCCUGCUGCCGAUGCCCUAGCCUCCAUCAUCACCGAGCUUCCGCCUAAAAUCAUCACCUCCAUCGGCUUCAAUUUGAUUUUGUACUUUGUCGUCCAUCUUCGUCAAAGCGCAGGUCACUUCUUCUUCUACUGGUUGAUCAACUUCACUUGCACGUUGGCCAUGUCACAUAUAUUUAGAAGCAUUGGUUCGGCCACCACCUCCUUGCAACAAGCCAUGACGCCUGCAUCCCUUUUGCUUUUCACCUUGAUUGUGUUUACUGGUUUUGUCAUUCCACCAAAUAGCAUGCACGGCUGGUGUCGCUGGAUCAACUACAUCGAUCCGGUUGCCUAUGCCUUUGAGAGUUUAAUUACAAACGAGUUCCACGGAAGAGACUUUCCUUGUGCUUCUUUGGUGCCUCGUGGUGGAGACUACCCUCGGAGUGGAAACAGCGUUGUUUGUGGAGUUGUGGGUGCUAUUCCUGGACGGUCUACUGUCAGUGGAGACGAUUACAUUGGACUUUCGUUUGAGUACUACAACACACACAAAUGGAGAAACUGGGGCAUUCUUUUGGCAUACACCUUCUUCUUCCUUGGUGUCUACAUCACCUUGGUGGAGUACAACAAGGGAGCCAUGCAAAACGGUGAAAUCUUGGUUUUCCAGCACAAGGCCUUGAAGCAGGAGAAAAAACGGAGAAAGGAUCUUGAGGAAGGAAAUGCCGAGAGAAUUGCACCCGAUGAGAAGUUCUACGAUGCUCGUGAAUCUGACAAUUCCCAGAGCCUGAGCGAUGCUAAGCUCCCUGUGUCCAACGAGAUUCUCCACUGGCGGAAUCUUCGUUACGAGGUGAAGAUCAAAACAGAGCAGAGAAUCAUUUUGAACAACGUCGAUGGUUGGGUUCGUCCCGGUCAGGUCACAGCGCUUAUGGGUGCUUCUGGAGCAGGAAAAACGACCUUGUUGAAUACGCUUUCGGAGCGUUUGACGUCUGGAAUUAUUACUAACGGUGUGAGAAUGGUGAACGGAAAAGCUUUGGACUCGUCUUUCCAGAGAUCCAUUGGUUAUGUUCAACAACAAGACUUGCAUUUGCAGACCUCCACCGUCAGAGAAGCCCUCAAGUUCUCAGCCUACUUGCGUCAGCCAUCUUCGGUUUCAAAAGCCGAAAAGGACGACUAUGUCGACUACAUCAUCCAGCUUUUGGAAAUGGAGCGGUACGCCGAUGCCGUGGUGGGUGUUCCUGGAGAAGGUCUCAAUGUUGAACAAAGAAAAAGACUCACCAUUGGUGUGGAGCUUGUUGCCAAACCUCAAUUGCUUUUGUUCUUGGACGAACCUACCUCCGGUUUGGACUCUGAAACCGCAUGGUCUAUUUGCAAGUUGAUCAGAAAAUUGGCAGACCACGGCCAGGCCAUCUUGUGUACUAUCCACCAGCCCUCGGCUAUCUUGAUGAAGGAGUUUGACCGUCUUUUGUUUCUUCAGAAGGGAGGCCAAACAGUGUAUUUUGGUGACUUGGGCCACAACUGCCAGACACUUAUUGACUAUUUUGAGAAGUACGGAGCCUCCAAAUGUCCACCUCACGCUAACCCUGCUGAGUGGAUGUUGGAGGUCAUUGGAGCUGCUCCUGGAUCCCAUGCUGACCAGGACUACUACGACGUUUGGCUCAAGUCUGAUGAAUACGCAGAGGUUCAAAAGGAGCUUGACGAUAUGGAAAAAGAGUUGGUCAAAAUUCCAAAGGACGAUGACCCAGACAGACAUAAGUCUUACGCUGCGCCAUACUUGUCUCAGUACCUUUUGGUCACCAAGAGAGUGUUUGAGCAGUGCUGGAGAACUCCUUCCUAUACCUUGUCCAAAGCUGUGUUGGCUGUUUCCACUGCCCUCUUCAACGGUUUCGCUUUCUUCAACGCAGACAAAACGCUUCAAGGCCUUCAAAACCAGAUGUUUUCGGUUUUCAUGUUCUUCCUUGUCUUCAUUACGCUUUCCCACCAGUAUCUUCCCCACUUUGUGGCCCAAAGAUCCUUGUACGAAGCCAGAGAGAGACCUUCCAAGACAUUUUCAUGGUUUGCGUUUAUUUGUGCCCAGAUAACCGGAGAGAUUCCAUGGAACAUCAUCUGUGGUACCGCAGCCUUCUUCUGCUGGUACUACCCUAUUGGAUUGUACCACAACGCCACAGAAACCAACACUGUCAAUGAACGAGGCGCCACUAUGUGGUUCACAAUUGUGCUUUUCUACAUCUACACCUCGUCGAUGGCCCAAUUGUGUAUUUCCUUCAUUGAGCUUGCUGAGAACGCAGCCAACCUUUCCAUCUUCCUUUUCACAGCCUGCUUGAACUUCUGUGGUGUUUUGGUUUCCAAGAGCCAGAUGCCCAAAUUCUGGCUUUUCAUGUACCGUUUCAACCCAUUCACAUAUUUGGUGUCGGUGGUGCUCUCGGUGGGAUUGGCUCAUUCCAGGGUGGAGUGUUCGGAAUCGGAACUUUUGCGUUUUGAUCCACCACAAGGUCUUACGUGUGAACAGUACAUGGCACCUUAUAUGGCAAAAGCCGGUGGUUAUUUGACGGUGGAUGCAGCCAAAUGUGUCUACUGUAAGAUGAGAGAUACCGGUCCUUUCUUGAAGUCCAUCAAUGCGGACUACCACACCCGCUGGAGAGACAUUGGUGUUUUUAUUGGCUUCAUUGUGUUUGAUUUUGUUUUGACAGUCGGCUUCUACUGGCUUGCACGUAUCCCCAAGGGAAGCAGGCAAAAGAAGCAGUGA